AUUAUCUCCUCAAUCUCCGAUUACUUCCGUCACAGACUCAUUUUUUCCGAUUUUUUUUCUUUUAAAAAUAAACUUCUCUGAUCGAUUUCUUUCGCCUAGGACAUGGAGAAACGAAGCUUCCUCUUUCCCUAUCACAAAAUCAAAACCAAAAUCUGGUGCGAAGCUUCCUCUUUUGUUUUGUAAUUGACUUUUACGGUGAGCUUCUUCUUUUCCUCUCCUCCGCCUCCUCUGAUUUUCCAGCGAGCUCAACCAAUUUUCUGAUGAGGUUCCACCUUCAUCAUAAGAACCUCAUAACCAUGCUUGGUUAUUGCAAUGAAGACAAAAAACACCCUGAAAAUUCCCGUUAGUAGGAUAGUUAUGUGGUUCUUUGCUAUUGAAGAGCUGAAUUCAUAUUUAGCAGGUAUGACACAAGCGGAUUUAGGACUUGCAGAUGCUUUUAUCAAUGGAGAUUUUUCUUUCGUCGAUAAAGACUCAGGACUUUUGAAUCUGAUUAUGAUUCUCGUUGCUAACAGAGAUACAAAAUCAAAUCUUACUAAGAAAAGGGGAUGGUUUACACCGAUGUUUCAAACUGCCAGUGUAGCUUCAACAAAGUAUUUUUUAAAGCAUGUCUCUAGACAGAACACAUUAACACAAACUCAUAGCAACAUUUCUCUUCACUAUGACCUUAGCAAUGAGCUUUUUGGUUUCUUCUUGGAUGAUACAAUGACUUACUCCUCUGCAGUAUUCAAGGUCUCUAUCAAGGAGGUGUGUGGAAGAUAAGAGUUGAGCUUCCAAAUGUUUAUCCUUACAAAUCUCCUUCUGUUGGUUUCAUUACUAAUGUUGAUGAACUGUCGGGCUCUGUUUGUUUAGAUGUGAUUAACCAAACUUGGAGUCCUAUGUUCGACCUUGUGAAUGUGUUUGAGACAUUUCUUCCUCAGCUUCUGUUAUAUCCAAACCCAUCAGAUCCAUUGAACAGAGAUGCUUCCCCAUUGAUGAUGCCUGAUCGUCCUGCUUAUGAACAGCGAGUUUAUCUAAAUACCCUCCUCCUUUGGAUUCAUGUACUGUUAUUGAGAUCCUUUUUGUUUUCUCCGAUCAAUUUCUUAAAACUU